AAGACAGAAUUAAGACUCUGGUGAAUGAGAAUGACUGUUUGGCAUCACGGCUGGAGGAGGUGAUGGGUGUGUCACGCAACUUGAGCGACCAGAUGCAUUCUGCGCGGGAGGAACUUGUUAAGGUUUCGGCAGAGAAGGAGGAUUUGCAGAAGAAAGUUAGAUCACUUGAGGAAGGGAAGGAGGAUAGUUCACUGAGCUUAUCAGAGUCUCUUGGGAGCUCGAGACUCACACAGCGCCUUAAGGAUCGGAUAAGAAGCUUACAGGGAGAAGUUGAAGGGGCGUGGCAAGAGGUCCAUCAGCGCACAAUAGAAAGAGACAAAAUAUCCGCAGAGAGAGAGAGCAUUGAAUACACCGCAAGCAUUAAUCUUAACAGUGCAAGGAAGGAGGUCGAGUCAUUAAGGAGCCAAAUUGCCAUGCACCAGCAAGAUUUUGAAAGGAGGGCUAUUGAGUUAACAAACACAAAGAAUGAACUGGAGAAAAAGUCUUCGGAGCAGAGAAUUCUUCUGGAGGAUUUUGAUGUCCAGAAAAGGAAGCUACAGGAACUGGAGAAGAAACUGGUGGAUGUCGAGAGUUCCUAUCGAGAGUGCCAGGAAAAAUUACAGAUUGAAAUAAGAGAGAGAAAGAGAGCUGAAGAACAACUAGAGGAGACCCUUCAACGUUUGUCUGCAGGGUUGGAGAGUGAGAGAACGAGAUCGAAGGGAGAGAGAUACUGGCAGGAAGCUGUGUCUAGACUAAAAAGCCAGUUGCACCAGGAACAGCUUCGUUCACGUCUUCUGGAAGCGGCUGACCACGAGAACUCAGCACGCAUCCUGGUUUUGCAGCGCAGCGUUCGUGAGACUAUUGAAGCUCAUGAAAUUCUGCAGGCCAAAUACAAGCAGCUUCGUACUGCUUAUCGUGCCAAAAAGACGGACAAGACUCACCGCAGAGAACUUUCAGAGCAGUAUUCACAGCAGGUUAAGGAGCUUGGUAAAACUUCGGCUGCUUUAGAGGACAAUUAUAAGAUGAUGCUGUCGACACUUGGAGAAAGCAUAGGCAUCACAGUGGAGAUCCUGACAUCCCACGUCUUCCUCUCUCCUUGCGUCGUCCACCCGAGCCCUGACAUAAGACUAGAUCUGGAGACUUGGUUUGAAGCUCAGCAAGGGAGGCUCAGAUGGCUACAAACACAACUUCGGAAACUUUGCUUGCAUAAUUGGAAAAUGGCAGAUCUCCCAAAGACUUCCAACUUCAGCAUUGGAAAGAGAACAAAGCCCAUUUCAGGGUCUAGCACAUCAGAAACAUCAGGUGAUUCAAAUAUCCAGGUAAAAAAUGAUGGAAGUUCAGAGAGCAAGUCAGAUUCAAGUUCUGGAUACAAGACAAGGAAAUCGUUAAAAAAGAAUUUGUAUGAUCUGUCCAUCUUGGAUGAAACCAUGUCUGACAGUAGUAUGCCUGGUCAGAAGAAAGUUGGUGCUUCUCCUGCAAUUUCUGCCUCAGGUGCUUCAUCAGGCUUUGCUGCUGUUUCUGAUACAGACAGGAGAAUGGCCAGGCAGGGUUCCCAAGAGGAAAAUGCACAGGACUCUGGCAAUACAUUUGUAUCAUUUUCAUUUGUACAAUCCAAACCUGCAUUCAGUCCACCUAUGAAGCCACUAACUAGUAAUUCUAUGAGCCUCAGUGAAGUGGGUCGAAUCCUCACUGACCAACAGAGGCAGCUCACCCGGGCAAAGUUCCACCAGUACAAAACGCUAGUCUCCAACCUCCAGAGAGACUUGGAAUUCCCUUUUACAUCGUCUCCAAGUGUCCCUUCCUCCAUGAUCACCACACCCGAGAGAAUCAAGGAGCUUUCUUGUUCCACCUUUGGCGAUGAAGAGCACUCGGGAGACGUGGAAAUGACUCUUUCCGACUCGCAAGUGUCGUCGUCAAGAACCCUCUGCUCCCUGUCCCAAAAUGAAGAAUCUGCUUCUUCAAAGCACUCCAAGGAAUCAUCACCUGUGCUGGAAGAAGUUUCACAAACAUCUGGCAGUUUAUCAGGUAUGUCAAAAAGUCCAUACUCCUGGAACAACACCUGCCUGGAAAGGAAUCCCUCCACUUCGCCAUCCUUACGCCCAGAGCUCCUGCAGGAAGACGUGGAGAGCUUCGGCAUGGUAAGAGACAUUGAUCCGUCUAGUGCCAGAGCCAGUGCCAGCGACAGCAAUAGCCUACCUGGAAUAAGGGAUGUAACCAAAGAAAAGCAAGCGUCGGGUGUGGAUGUGGAUAAAGAUCAUGACAGUAUGGAGGAACUGGAUGAAGAGGAGGACAUCAUCAGGAUCUUUGUGGAAAGUGAGGUUGUUGAUGAUGAUGAUUUAGACUGACCUUUACUCUCUCUUUGAGAACAUUAGUAAAGGUUUGUUUGAAGUCUAAAUGACAAGGAAACCAUCUGUUGUGAACAGAUGCAUAGAAGUAUUUAAAUUUAUUUACUGAUUAUCACUUUCAGGAAAUAUUUUUUUGGUAUUUAAUUUUAUGGUCUAUUUAUUGAUGUUCAGAUUAUAUUUAUUAAUUUAAAGAUAACAGAAUUGUCAUGUUCUGUAAUUCCUUGAGUAUUAUAUGCAUUUGUUUCUUGAAGCCAUUGUUUGUUAUUAAGAGGAUUAUAUAGUAUAGAUAAUUAUAUGUUCCUUUUGCACAGCAUUUGUAUUUAUUUGACGAAUCUGAUUAGUCUUUUACGCACAGCCAGUAUAGUAAGUUACAAACAGAAUGUAUUAAAUAGUAUGUAUAGGAAGAAUCUACAUGUUUCUUGACAAUCACAUUGCAUUCAUUAUCAUGUGUAAAAAAUACAAAAAGUAGAUUUAUAUCUUUAGAUUUUUAUGUCUAUGCAUUUUUUCAAAGGUGGAAGUUUGUGAAUUUUAGGUCAUAUUUUAUUUCACCAGACUGUUUAUCAGUAAUUAUAAGUGAUCUGAGAGGGACCUGAAAGCAAGAAAAUCCGUCCAUUUUUGCGAUCCUGUCCAUGGCAAGCUGUGACUACAGAAACUAGUUUGAAAAGCCUCUUAAUAAAAGUGUAGUUUUGUAUGGAUUACAUAUACUGAAAAGCUCAUUCAUUCCAUUGCAGCUAUGCAUUAUGCCAAUAUGUAAUAGUCUUAGAUUUAGCUCAUUUAUAAGAAAAUUUCCCUUUUUAAGAACAUGAGUGUUUGACAAACAAUUGUUAUACCAUAAAUAAUGGUAAUGUUGAUUUUCAAUCAGCAAAUUAAGGGCAUUUAAUCUUUCACUAGAAAGAUAGUUUUAAAAUGUAAGGCUUCCAUCAAUUUGUGGCAUCACAGGUAAUGAAUAACUUCAUCCAAAAAUGAUUUACCAGGGUAACGUGUACAACAUUUUUGUAGUAUUGAUGUCUUAACCCUUAAAGGACACUCCAUCUCAUGAUCUGAUGCAGAAUUUUUUACAUAU